AUGGAUGAAACAUCGAUAAGCUCCGAUGAUCUAACCUCGAAAACCAGAGGAGGCUCACGGGAGAGCACGGGAAGAUCAAGAAGAAGAAGAGGGAGUGAGAAAAGAGAUAGCGUGUCUGAUUUAGAAGCCGAGGAGACAAAAGGGUUUAUGGAUUUAGGUUUUGUUUUCACCGAAGAAGACUUGAACUCGGAGUUACCGGAGAUUCUUCCCGGGUUGCGGACAUUUCUCUCCCGGGAAGAACAGAAAAGAACAGAGGAGUCGUCGGUUCGGAGACCAUAUUUGUCGGAGACUUGGGACUUUAACAGUGAUAAUUGGAGUGGUAGAACAGAUGAAGAGUCAAUGGUGAUUGAUUUUACAAUGGCUAAGUCAUGUGGUGAGAACAACAUGAAGGAGAGUCUAAAAUGGUGGGCUCGUUCUGUAGCUUCUAAUCUCAAAUAA